GGCCGUUGAAACGCAUAUGGUCAGCAGCGAGAAGUGAAACAGCCUUACAAAGAGCUCGUGAGUGAGGGGGUGAUGUCAGGAGACAGCGACGAUGAUCUGCGGAGCUGCCUAUGGCGAAAUGAGCACUGCCGUCAGUAGAGUCAGCGACAGCAGCAAACAGAUCUGCUGAAGAAGCGCCCGAGGGACCAGUUCCACGGCAUCAAACGGCUGUCCUCGCACGGAGCAAGCGGCACCAGCAGCUCUGUUCACCAGACGCCACCAGCAGCGCUGGCUACAUCAUCAUCAUCGCCAUCGGCGGCAUCAGCAGCAGCUACAACGGCAACCGCGCCGGUAGUGUUGAAGCCGCGGCCGCGGUACUCACCGCUUCAACGUCUUCGUUCUGGUCCGCUGUCGCUGGUGUUGACGGUAGGAGUGAAGCAACAGCGGCAUCAAUAGCAGUGCUAGUUGUCGUUCAUGGACAUCGUCAUCGUCGUGCUUGGUGCCGUUACAUCGUUUCAGGACGCAGUCGACUGACCUGGUGACGCCAGUCAGAGCCCCAUGAUCACUACGGAACGUAAAGGCAGCGCCACAAACAGCAGCAGGAGACGAAGAAGGAAAGCAGGAUAGCUAAGGUUUUGGUACAGUUAGUACCGUUGUCGCGCUGUCCACCAGCGUCAGUCAGUCGGGGCCCAAACAUAUGAACGUAACGCUCAACUGUAAAUCUACAGGUGGACUACUGCAGGACAGUGAACACAUCAACAUCGAGCAGCUGUUAUCGAGGGGCAGUGUUAGUGAACAACAAAAAUUAAGGUAGACGCGCCAAAGUACUGCAACCGAAGAGAAAGGCAUCAUCGAGAAAGGGAACAAAAACCCGUUUUGCACGCGUAUUUAUAGUGGCGUUCGUCUUCAUAUUCUCAAUAAUCGAAGUGCGUCUAUUGACCCUGUUCAAGUGGUACUGCCUAUUGGUGCACUCAUUCUAUAUUGGAUUGUCCAGUAGUUAGUACUUAGUGAGAGUCUUUUUCAAUAUGUGAGAAUGACAAACUAUAUUCAGAAUGCAAACCUCUAGCAACGACCUGUAUCGAACCUAAAUUGCGACACACGAACGGGGCGUUCGUGAUACAUUGGCGUCUAUUAGCGUACCAGUAUGUGAUUGUGUUGGUGCUUUAAUACCGGUAGAUGGCGUGCUCGCAAACCCGACGACAUGAUACUGUGGGGAGCUCAUUAAAACAGGUGCUCUUAUACUCUUCUGUGGCCUAUGUACAGACCUGUACAAAACCUCAACGGUAUACAAGUCGACGUUGAUUAUGUGACUGCCAUACAGUUGUGCAAUACGAAAGGAGGUAGUGUUGAGGAAAGCUUCUGUCAGCAUUACAGACCUGACCCAUUAGGACUGCAAUAAUGUUGUCCUGUAAAUCAUUGUGGUGCGAUCUCGAAGUAACGUCAUCAUCUAGUCGCCACGCUCGGUUACCUCAACGCGGAUGUCUAACGGGUACGGCUAUACGACGCUGGGUUUUCGUGACGCUUUUACUAUCAUCCGUGUUGAGCUGGUUGCUGCAUGAAACACUUGCCCAACACUGCCUAGAGUCCAAUCUGGUCUAUUUUCCUGGAUUCAAAUGCUGCAAAGAGCCCCUCGAUUCCGAAAGUGGCUGGAGGUGGAUCUGCUUUAGAGACGGAGAACUUCCAAUGGAGCCGCCGGAUCCCCCCGAAACAACCUCUGCAAAACCUAACCUGACGCCUCUGUGGACGACAACGACUCUGAUGCCGCCUGCAGUUGACGUUUUAGUGACUUCUGCUGUGACAUCCCCUGCCAUGGAUACAAGCCGCACGAGCAAAGCCGUCAAAGUCAAUUCCACAUCCACUGCAACAUCCGAGUCCAUCGACACGACGACUCCAAUCCCGCAAGGGACUACGAUAGCAGUCGACAGAUUUGCUACAACGAAGGACCCCUCGAUUAACAUUAGUCUACCUUCAACGACGUUAAUUAAUUUAGCUGCAAGUACACCAGAAGGCUCAGCGUUCACGCCACCUGAAAUAUCAACGGCCUCCUUUCCAGGGACUGAAUUCCUGAUAGUUGAAACGACCAUACCAACGGAUCUGACCAAAGUAACUCCGCAGACCAAUAAAGCCUUAACGGAAAGCAAAAUCGAUGAUACAACAAGCGCCCAUGAAAUCACUGGUAAUGCGGCUGAGGAAAACAAAGAUCAAGAUGACGGCAUAAGAACAGGCACAGCCCAAAUCCUCACGUUCAGCACAGAUGUCACCAACAGCAUUGAAUCCACAACUCCUUCGUUCAUUACCACCCCCGCACAAUCUGAAUCAUCUUACCCUGUUACGUUGAAAUCCUCUCAACCACAGGCAACUUCUCCUAAAGCUAUUUUCUUAAAUACGGAAGACUCAAUGUUAGCUUUGAUUAUGACAACUUCUAUAUCGACUAUGUACACACUUAAUAAAACAGAAAUUGUCAAAGAAAUCAUUGCAUCCAAUCCUCUAACAACUAUAUCUACCACAAUAGCUCCUAUCACUUCGCCUUCUUUUACUACGCAUAACCCAAAUAGCACAUUUAAACCAAAUCAAGACAAACCCGGCAGGGUAAUGGUUUCUGCAGAAAAUUCUACUGUCUCGCCCACUGGGUUGCCGGAAUCUAUUGCCACUGUUAGUAUUAUGAAUCCGAUUUCUUCAGCUGUUACUGCUGCUACUACAGAUAGCGAUGCUAAGGCAUCUGGCCUUCGUGCUCCAACAGUAGUAGGGGCAAAUACGACACCCCAGCCUACGGCUAUGUCUGGGCCGAGCAAACUCACCACGUCAACGAUUGCUCGUGAGUUACGGAUUUCUGCCACAACUUUGGUCCAACACUCAACGACACCGAAGCCGAGGUUCCGCCGUGACGCUAAUUCAUUUCCCAUUGACGAGUUCCUACGAAAAACAGGCCUAGAAGAGACGCAGUCUGCUCUAGAAAUUGAAUAUGCGAAGAGACCCUACGGCUCCCACGUCACAAUUGAUUGCAACGCAGAGAAAUUCAUUGCACAGCCGGCACCAAAUGUACGUGGAUUAUUUAAGUACCUUAACAUCAAGGACGUCACUAGCAUCAAAUACAUUCACUGCAACCUGCCUACAGGAAGGCUAAAGUUUGUUAACAUUUUCGAGGGGAACAUGAGAAAUAUUACAAAGUUGGAACUUGAUCGGCCACGAACGCCCGGAGGACCCCCAGCUCCGUCAGCCUUUGAUGGAAUUGCAACUUCGAUUGUUGAGCUUCACAUCAUUUGGUCAGCGAACCGCGAUGCGCCCGGAAUCACAAGUCUAAGCGACGAUUUUUUCAAGGAUUUCGCAUCGCUUACGGCAUUGUCAUUGAAAGCAAAUGCCCUUGAGAGCAUGCCGCUGUCUGUAAAUCUCUUGAAAAAGCUUAAGACACUGGAUAUCUCUAUGAAUCUUAUUACAACUGUUACCUCAAGCAUGUUCGCAGGGCUGGAAGCACUAACUACCUUGUAUCUAGCGAAAAAUCCCAUCGCUCGAUUUGAAUCAAAACCUUUUGCUAGCCUCCGAUAUUUAACAACGCUCGAGCUAAACGCAGUCCAGGCAAGCGAAGUUCCGGAGAACCUUUUCGAGGGCCUUUCCUCAUUGACAUACCUUAAAAUGGACUCGUGGUCUAAUCUCAAGUCGGUCCCGCCCAAACUUUUCGCAGGUACGCCUAGCCUCGAGACGCUUCAUUUCAGCGAAGCAAUGUCAAUUGGUUCGCUUCCUGAUGGACUUUUCGACCGAAUGUUCCAACUGAAUGCCACAUACGUCCGGUCAUGUAAUCUUUCUUCGGUUCCUGCUAAGCUCUUUGCCAAUGCACCAGUCAUAAGAAUAAUUGACUUUUCCGGUAAUGCCCUAUCGGAGUUCCCUGAGGGCUUCUUCUUGGAAAAUGCUAAACUCGAGAAAAUAUUUUUUGGGGGAAAUCGUAUUCGGACUCUUAGAAACGAGUUUGAAAUGCUGUAUGCUCUUAAAGAACUCAACCUAAACCGAAAUCACCUAACAGAGAUCUCAUCUAAGGCUUUCGAGAACCUGAUUAGCUUACAGACACUUGAUAUAAGUCGAAACCGUAUAAGCAAAAUAGAAAAGAACGCGCUGUAUCAUUUGAAAAAGCUGGAAAAGCUUGAUAUUCGGGAAAACCAACUGCAAACGUUUGGGGGAACGACCCCAACAUUCAGCACAGGGUCACCUAUACGCGAAGUGUACCUUUCCAAAAACGAGCUAACUGCCUUUCCCUGGAUUCAAUAUCACACUCUACCGAAAUUGUCCAUUCUUGAUCUCGAUGAUAAUGCGAUACGGUACUUGGAAGUGCCACUGUUUGCAAGUUUAGAUACAAAAGUAUUUGUGCGACGCAAUCGGCUUGAAUAUGUGACUGUUGAUUUGGCAAGAAGUUAUCCUAAACAAGAAUCAGUAUAUAAUUCUGCUGUGGGUACGCAUCGUUUCGAUCUUGAAGGGAAUCCGUUUAAAUGCGACUGCCAUAUUUAUAACUUCCUGCGCUAUCUUCGAAAGGAAAUGAAACCCGAAGUGGCGGAGUUCGAGCACGUGGAGAAUUAUCAGUGUUCAGAUCGAGACGAAACAUUGUUGUCGGUUAAAUUAGAUCUACUCUCGUGCAAAAUCAACGAUUGUCCACCUGGAUGUGAAUGCUUUCUUAGAGCACACGAUGCCUCGACGCACGUCCGUUGCCGCGAACUUGGACUAGCUAGCAUACCUAAGCUACCCCUAAAUGUAACUCAUCUCGAUUUUGAAGGAAACGUACUUAAACGGUACCCGACCGAACUGGCGCAAUAUACGCACCUCAAAGAAAUUAUGUUGGACGGUAACAAUAUCGAUAAUAUUGACGAGCUCUUCAUUAAUACGCCGCCAAAUUUGCAGCUUUUAUCAUUAACCGGCAAUCGGUUAGAAGUGCUCAGGCCGAUUACCUCUAAUACGUCAUACCGGAUGGCACUGUCGCAUAAUCCAUGGACCUGCGAUUGUUCUGCCCUCGAAUUCAAGCGUUUCUUACUUUCGAACAUUCUCAAUAUACCUGAUUAUCGAUCGAUCACCUGCAAAAACGCGUACACCGUAAACGGCACGGAUGUGUCCCUGUUGAAUGACAUUCCCGAUGAUAUCUUUUGCCCGCCGGACGUGUCUGCUUAUCUAGCAUCUGUAAUUGCUCUCUCGAUUAUUUUUAUUGUCACGCUACUGAUUAUCGCACUGUAUUACAAUAAUCGGCAGCUGAUUAUUGCAUAUGUGUAUAUAAAUUUUUACAAUGUAUUCGUCUGCUUGUUCAGUGAGAGCGAUCUCGACGAGGACAAAAAGUUUGACGCGUUCAUAUCGUACUCUUCGAAUGACAGAGAUAUCGUAAUGGCGCUCUUGCAAGAAUUGGAAAAACCUCAGGGUGACGAAAGCUCAGAAAAUCUUUUUAAGCUCUGCAUUCACGAGAGAGACUGGCUGCCUGGCUAUAAUAUAUCAUGGAAUAUUGUCAACUCUGUUCAGAAUUCGCGACGCACAAUUCUUGUUUUAUCGCAAGAUUUCCUCGAAUCAUUAUGGUUUGAAGUUGAGUUUCGUACCGCAUAUGUUCAAAUGAUGGAAGACCGUAUCAACCGGCUAAUAGUUAUCAUCAAAGGCGAGAUACCACCGAAGGAAAAUCUUGACUCUGACCUGCGCUUUUUAUUAGGAACGAAGACGUACCUCGAAUGGGGUGAAAAAUGGUUUUGGGAAAAACUCAAAUACGCUAUGCCGCACAAAGGAAAUAUAGGUGGACCUCUGAAGAAUAAGAUCAAACCUUCGGAACUACACAAGGUGUUACCAAUGAGUGUACUGACCAGCAAACAUCAGGUGCCAAAUUUGGAAACAGUCGUCCGGGUAGAGGACGCAAUUGAAAAUGCACAAAGUAACAAAGCUGCAAAACAAAGCAGCCCAGACGAUUCCACUUACGGAAGCAUGAGCGAAUCUCUCGCUCAUGACACAUCCACAGCAAAGAUGGGCCACGUGAAUCGUGGAUACGAGCCAGUAAGUACUGAAGAUAUCCACUUGAUAUGUGCUGACCCUGACCCUGCUGGUGUGAUAGCUCAACCUAAACCAGCUCCAAGAUCGGCGCGUAAGAAGGAGGCACACCAACUCCAGCCCAUCACAGACGCAUCGCCUCCAAAAAACAGUCCAGACUUGACACCUUCCCAUUUCAAACCAAGUCCUGUAAAGUCGGCCCGUGUAAGACACACGACAUUUAAAUCUGAGGCACAGUGAAAUCAUCCGAACUGCCCGCUGUAGAAAUCUUCUACGAGCAUCUCGUACGCUAGAGACAUCAAAUGCGUGGUUCUUUUGUGUUUCCACUCUAGCAUGGGAUAAUCUGUAGUGCGGUAUAUCUGUUCGUAAGCACUAUGAUAAACAUAGUUGUCUCAUAAAAUAUUGGGUGCUGUUUCUUAAGCAAAACAGUUUUGCUUGCGAAUCGAAAUGGCAGAUAGCACCGUAUAAUUGCAAUAGUGAGUCAGAGACCCGAGAGGGGCAAAAGUGUAAACAUAAAACGAAACGCGUACAGAAAGCCCGUUUCGGUUGAUACAUUUAAGAAAGCGCAAUAGUGAUCGUUAUGGACUAGAUACGCAAACGUCUUCAAAUAUCAGUGUCCUUCAAUAUAUAUAUAUAUAUAUAUAUAUUUAUAUAUAGACUAAACAUGUCCGCAAAAUUCGGCAUCGAUCAAGGAGAACAUCCGUUAAAGUAUAUUAUCAAUAACUUAAAUGCCAAAAUGAUUUUGUUAGAGGAAAUAAACAUAGUCGGCAGCACGGUAAAAUGCUUCACCUGGAAAACCUUGAAUUAAUAGAUGGAUUUAAAAAAAUCAACUUCCAUUUUGUAAUUAAGCCAAUUUCGAAGACGAUGCUCUUCACGGAGAUACAUAACAGCAAUUACGUUUAGCUGCAAUUACUAGCUAUUUUGUAUAUAUGCUCUACGUUUUAAAUCAAUUGCGUUCUAUUGAUUUCAAACAUUAUCUAUAAUAUUAUGUAUUAACUUAAAUAGAAUGGAGUCUUACAAACCAUAUUCCUUCCUGUACGGGCGCAUGUUCUGACCUUAUAAGGUCUGCUACGUAAAAAGGGACCCGUCCUAAAAGAUGGCUAAGUGAUUAAGCUACCACAGACGUUCUACGAAGUUACAGAAAAUGGUGGAUCUCUCACUCUCUUUCACAUUUGUAUCUUGAUUCUAAGCUGUUUUGACGGUGGCCACUCGAGGUAGAAGACCUUAUUGGCACUUCAGAUCGAGUGGCCACGACAAUGAAUCUGACACAUCGUGAAGAGGGACUCAUUGAGAUUCUGAAGCGGUCCAACCUUGGCUAGAGAGCAGUACAGUCAUUGAUAAACCAUGUAACAUUACCCUGUGAAUAAUUAUCAGCCGUUAGUUUAUUAUUAUUACUGAGAAUAUCUAUCCUCGUCUUGUACAUAAUACUGUAAAUAUUAAACAUAAAUAAAUUGAUUAU